AUGGAGAGCAACGUGUCCUCCGGGAACUGUACCAAUCCCCAGAUGUCCUUCCAGUCCACCCUGUACGCAACCACUUACACCAUCAUAUUCGUCCCCGGCCUCCUGGCCAACAGCGCUGCCCUGUGGGUCUUGUGCCGCUACAUCAGCAAGAAGAACAAAGCCAUCAUCUUCAUGAUCAACCUGGCCAUAGCCGACCUGACUCACGUCCUCUCGCUGCCCUUACGGAUGUAUUACUACAUAAACCACACCUGGCCAUUUGGAAGUUUUCUUUGCCAGCUGUGCUUCUACCUGAAGUACCUCAACAUGUACGCCAGCAUUUGCUUCCUCACCUGCAUCAGCAUCCAGCGGUACCUCUUCCUCCUCCAUCCCUUCAAAGCCAAGGACUGGAAGCAGCGGUACGACGCAAGCAUCAGCAUUGCCAUCUGGCUCUUCGUCGGGGCGGCGUGCUUACCCCUGCUCGUAUUGAGGAGCCCAGCCUUGUCCAACAGCACAGACACGUGCUUCUCGGACCUGGCGGUGAAGAAGCUGAGCCCGGGAGAAUCCAUUGCGCUGGUGACAGUGGCAGAGCUGUUUGGGUUUGUCAUCCCCUUCGGCAUCAUUGCCUGCUGCACUUGGAAGAUGUGGCAGUCCCUGCGGGAGGAUCCCAUGCAGCUGCAAAACACCAACGAGAAGCAGAAGGCUUUGCGCAUGGUCUUGAUGUGCGCGGCAGUCUUCUUCAUCUGCUUCACCCCCUACCACAUCAACUUCCCUUUCUUCAUGAUGGUGAUAGAGAACAUUAUCCAGGACUGUGCCUUUCACAGAAGCACGCUCCGCUUCCACCCCAUCUCCCUCUGCCUGGCGAGCCUCAACUGCUGCCUGGAUCCGGUCCUCUACUACUUCACAACCUCUGAGUUCCAGGACCGGCUGCUGCACCACAGCCGUGCCGCCCUGCGGGCUCGGUUCGCGUGCUGCGGGAGCAGCUUCUCUGUCACCGAAACCGGCCACGACAUUCAUAUGAAGAGGAGACAUCUUCCACGCUUUAAGUUUUGGUCUUUUACCAAGUUCUUCGGCCGAAUAAACAGCAUGGAAAUCCCCCCCAUGCCACCCGACGAGCUUCUGCUGGAGUCCAUCUCUUGA